AUGGACACCUCGUGUCGCACUUUCGCUUCGCACUAUUGGGUCGGCGCUUCGCACAGCCUUGCUGCCCUUGCCACCUGGACUCUUCAUAUACAUCACGCUCCCACUCUUUGUAAGCGGGCUUGUUAUCUGUGCCGUGCUCUCACUCCUCUCAAGGGAAGUCUUGAUUCUCAUUGUGCUCGUGCUCUUUGUGAGCCUCUUAGCGAUUACCGACGUAGACUGACUCCUUGCCAUGGCUGCUUUACUAAUAGCUGCUUGACCAACGCCCCAAGGCGAGGCAUUUAUACCCUCUUCUUCUUUGCCAUUUUGCAACAACGUGGAAAUCUUGCUAAUUCCAGAUGUCCUUACUCGCGACGCAACCCGGCCUACGGCACUGAGGGUAGGACGGACUUGCGUGACUGGCUGCCGUGA